AUGGUCCACCUCAUCCCUUCCUUCUACAACUACAGACUCAGUCCGCCUCCAACAUUAAAUCCAAAGUCCUCGAGUCAAAUCGUCAAUAUGCCAGUCAGCAAGAAAACCAAGAGUACCAAGAAAUUAAUCUACAACUCCGCAACAAAGGACUUCAAGGUCAUCAGCGAAGAAGAAUUCAACAGGUUACCUACGACACCCGAUGAAGUGAAUUUCAUACCAGGAAAGAAAAGCGCCAAUAUUGAAGUUCCUGGGAGCUUUGAAGCGCCGUACCCCGGUGCCCCAAGUGAUAGCGAGACUCCGAAGAGGAAGACUAUUCAUGUUCCAGUUUGGCUCAGACCUGUUAUAGAAUGGGAGAACAUUACUACUGUUUAUGUUCUGUAA